AUGUAAAAAUAAUAUAAUUUUAAAUAUAAAUUUAAUUUUUUGUUUUAAAAUAUUUAUUUUAAUUUCAGUACAAUAAAUACUGCAUUAAAAAAUUACCGAAUAAAAGUUUAACUAAUAGAAAAAUAAAACUAAGCUAAAAUUCAUUUAAUUUUAUUUUUAAAUUGCCUUAACAAGAUUAAGUUUUGGGUUGUAAAACAGGACAACAUUAUAUAAUUCAAUACAGAUCCAAGAUAUCCUGAAGGAGGAAAAUUGACAUAUUUUUUGGAUAAUUUAUAAUUAAAUUCCUUUAUCGAAAUUAGUGGACCUUAUGGAAAAUUCGAAUAUUUAGGUUAAGGAAACUGUAAAAUAGAUAAUAGAUUGUAAGCAGGAGAUAUUUAAACAUAAUAAUAUUAAACAAUAUUUAUGAUUGCAGGAGGAACAGGAAUCACUCCAAUGUAUUAAAUAAUAUAACAUGUAUGUGAAGAUAAUUUGGAUAAUACAUAACUUGUUUUAUUAUAUGCAAAUAAAACUGAGGAGGAUAUUUUAUUAAGAAAAGAAAUUGAAAAUUAUCAAAAAAAUAGUUAAAAACUGAAGAUUUAUUAUACUCUAGAUUAAGUUUUUUUAUUAAAAAAAUAUUUUUUAAAAAAAUAAAUCAAAUAAUAGCCGCCUUUAGAUUGGAAAUAUUUCAAAGGAUAUAUAAAUAAAGAAAUGAUUUAAUAAUGUUUUCCUUAUCCAGAUAAAUAAGUUCUAGCAGUUUCUUGUGGAAACACUAUGAUGAAUAAUAUGGUUAGAAAUAUUUUACUUAGUUAAGGAUUUUAGAAAAAUUAAUAUUUUAAAUUUUGAAAAUAAAUUUUUAUUUUUUAUUAUUGUUGUUUUAAUUAUUUCAUAUAUUUAU